AUGGCUGGCCAGCAAACCACUUUCACGCUGCGACAAAUUCUCACUCAAAAUAAGCCAUUAAUAGCCUCGCAAACAAAACCUGGAAGAAACACUUCUAAUAGCGAGUGGCCAAAGCUAAGCAAUAUUACUCUCUGGAAGGAGUUUACGCUGGAGAAUCUGAACGAUAGCUACGGACAUGUCCUUAACUCUUAUUUCACAGCACACCAAACACCUCCUGUGCCCGCAGAACUCAAUAGGGUGGUUAUUAGAUCAGACAAAGACGUCCGAGGCUUAAUUGGUUGGCACGAUAGGGUGUUGCGACAGACUCUUGGCUUCGCCAUGGAAUUCCUCACGCUCCACCAAGACAGCAAUCUCAGGACCCAAUGCUCGACUCCUGAUAAUUCCUUUAUUGCGAAGUUACAUCUAUCCGGUUCUCUGGUUGUGGAUCACAUCAUCGAACUCGACAAUCACCAUCAACCGGCUCUGGUUGUUGGCCUCGCAAGGGCCAGCUCGAAAUGGAAGUGCCAGAAAGUCUUGGUCAACCUCAACCCCAAUACACCACUGCCCUCCAAGAAAGAGCCAACAUUCCCUAUUAUACAGCUUGGAAAUAUAUGUGAAAAGGCAGGAACUCGUUAUGGGUAUAUACAGACUAAUGAAGAGCUGGUUGCAUGCUGCUUCAGCUAUGCUGCUGUGGGAGAAGGGCAGGCAGCGGGCACAGGCAGCACAAGUGGAACGACGGGCAGAGAACUCAAGGCAUCCAUCAUGCCUAUCCCAUGGACCAAGCGCGGUGUAAAUAUGUUGACGACAGAACUCGCUCUGUGGUGGCUCUGUAUGCUGGCGAUGGCACCUGACCACGACCGCAGCAUUACGACUGAGGAUAAGAUGGUCAAGAUCAACGAGUGGCAGUGGUGUGAUCUGGGCGUGGAGCUAGGAGGACUGGCAUAUUACCAUCGAUAUUCCAGACACAUCAGCAUGACGAAACCUAUGUCUGCUGCUCUUCCCAGUUACAGCAAUCCUCCUCCAGGCAAUCCUGCCGAGUUUUCGAAUUGGCUUCCCGUGGCGACGCAGGCGGAUUUAGGAUACAAUUACGCCCUCAACGAGUCGUUCCCUGAUGUCAACCAGGACGCUACGGGAGCCCUGGCAGAAGGGCCAAGCUUUUCAGAUGUUGCCAACGCAAAUCCUUCAAGUGGUGGCUGGGUUUAA